GCUGCAUCAGUUGACAAAUAAUUUGUGAUUGUAACAGCAAUUUACGUCUAUAAAAAUUUUACUGUCUCAAGAUUUUAAAAGAAACGUGCUAAAUAUACUUGCUUGCACUUUUGCCAGUCCAACAGUUACGUAUACCCUGUGUUGAUCAUAGACAUGGCUACGAAAUAUUCAGCACCAAAAUAUGACUUUCAAAAGACGUUGCAGUGGAUAAAUGGAGACAAAUAUUAUCUUCAAGUCAGUACAGAAGCUUUUUACAACAUGUUUGAUCAAAACCACAAACAAAGAGAACGUUCGAAUAGGGAACAGCUAAAUUCCAAACAACUCCUACGUAUUUCAAAACGUGCUUUUGAAAAAGGAGAGUUAGAUGUCGCAGAGAAGUUCGUUGGAAAAGCAAUACAAAGACAAAAGAUUGAAGAUGCUUCAAGUGAAAGAAAUCCAGAGUUAUAUUAUCACUUGGCUGAAGUUCUACAACAAAGAGCAACUAAAGAUACUUUGCAAAAACUUGAAAGACAAAAAUUAUUGCUGCAAGCCACAGCACUUUACAUGUUUGUAAGAAAUUGUUUGAACAAAAGCAAUGAGAAAAGUGAACUUGUUGUGAAUAUUUCAAAGUCUUUACCUCAGAAAAUCUUGGAUGUUCAACAUUACAUCAUUGAAACUGCAUCAGGAAAUACAUCUACCUGUAAAUUCAAUUGUGAAAUUAAGAAGAAAGCUUUGAAAGAACUACGAAAGGAGGCGAAUGCUAGUUUGGAAGACAUAAAUAAUAAAUACGAUGCUGAAACAGGAAGUGAUGAUGACCUUCGAGAAAAAUUUAUCAAACAAACUUCUGAGGUGAAGACUUUGUUCAAAAGAAUUGCCACCAGGGUAAAACAGCUUUUCGUAGAAAUUAUUGAAGAAUGUUUGGAUGUGCUAGGAAAUCCUCCAUGCGAUUACGAAGUCAUGAUUCUUGGCUCAUUGGCAAGAGAAGAGAUGACACCAUAUUCAGAUAUAGAGUGGGCAAUACUAACUAACUCUGAAGAUGAGGAAUGUAAAACUUUCUUUCGUAAUUUGACAAAUCUUGUUCAUUUCCAGAUAAUCAACCUUGGAGAGACCAUUUUGCCUUGUUUGGACAUUGAGGUUUUGAGAGGAGAUUGGUUUUAUGAUGACGUAACACCACGUGGACUCUCCUUUGAUGCUUUAUUACCUCAAGCAUGCAAGACACCUUUAGGAAAUACAGUGGAUUUUGAGCUCAUUCAUACCCCACAGACCAUGGCCAAUUUUCAGAGUGAAUACUGGCACAAGAAGAAACCACACUUAGGAGAUAUUCUGUUGACUGUGGCGCCACUCAAAGACGACCAACAAACGUUAUUGAGCCAAUACAAAGAAAUUGUUGAGAAGAUUUUGCUUGAACCCUGUGACAAAGAUAAUUGUAGUAGUAAUAACACCAUUCUGACAAAAGGAGCUAGCAGAGGACAUCAGAUUCUAUCAAACGAUGCUGAUCGAUACGGAAAAACGAUAUUAGACAGCCAUCAAGCAUUUGAUGGAAAAGUGUAUGAUGUGAAAAAAGAAGUUUAUCGAUUGACCGAUCGCGUCGUUGCAGGACUUUCAAAGGUCUUUGGCAUCGCCACAAAUGGCUCUUUCGAAAUUCUCGAUGGUUUGUGUCAAAGUAAUGUAAUUUGCUCAAGUGCAAAGGAAAACAUUUCAAGUGCGGUAGCAAUUGCAUUAAAAUUUAGACUUAGUACCUACCUUUUAGCGGAAAAACAGGACGAAGCAAUCAAGACAAGAUCUAAGGACUCCAGCAAUGAAACUUGGCUAGCAAACAGUGGACUAACUACUUACGACGUAGCAAGAAAAAAAGAACUGUUUCAUUUUUUUUACGUGUCAACUCCACUGUAUGAGUUGCUACGUACGUUUAGUGCUGACGACAGGAUGAACUCAGAAGAUUUUAUGGGUAAUUUGUUUUUUGAUUGCUCUGAUAAGGUUAAAGGACACAUACACUGUCGUUUGUUAAACUACAUUGCAGCUUUGGACUGUUACAAGCGUGCGCAAUGUAAUGUUAAAUCUGACUAUGAGAACAUUGACUUGCGCAUUCGACGUUUGAGGCUUGAGUUUAUGUUGAGCAUGAGCUCAGACGUUCUUUUCAUUAAAGAGGAACUGAAAGUUAUACUUGAAGAGAUAGAUAAAAAAGCUACAGAUAGCAAAGCGAGCAAACAUGAAAGAAAAUUCUUGGACCAAUUUGUUGAUGUGCAUCUGUUUCAUGCGUCAUUUUGUUUAAGCCAAGGGGAUGUGGAAAUUGCAAGAGAAAGUCUCGAGCAAUGUAAGAAUAUAGAAUCUUAUGUUAGUGAUUUUCAAAAGCUAGCUGUACGAUUAAACAUUAUACAUGUAUCUCAAAUCCAAACCAACCAGAAAGAAUUCGAUGAUAUCAUAUCUCAACUCAAUGCACUGGUAAAGGACGAGGGUAACAGCGUCAUGGGAUUAAUUUGGUUGAACGAAUUAGGAAAAUUUCUGAUGCAUCAAAAGAAGAAUGCCGAAGCUUACCAGUGUUUGCAAAGAGCAUUGUUGAUGGGACGUAUUUUGUUCAGUAACAAUGUCAACUUUCAUGUUUUAUGGACUUUGUUCAUGCUUGGAACGGUUUGCUUUCGUUCAUUGAUGUAUGAGGAGGCUAAGUUCUACUUUUCAAAAAUUCUUGAACCGCUACUGUCUUUAGAUGAGCAAAUGAGCGUCAUCAUGAAAAGAGAAGUGUACCGCCAACUAGCAACACUCAGUACCUUUACCGACAACCAAGAGGAUGCAAUCACUUUUUUUGAGAAUUCUUUAGAAUGUAGUAACAUAAGUGGGGGAAGAGCAAAUGCUGACCUUAUGGUUGAUGGUUUGACACAUUGUGGCAUAGCUACUACUUGGUUCAAACUAGGUGAAAACGAAAAAGCUUGGAUAUCAGCGUUAAACGCUAAAGAUUGCCUUGAGAAGAUUCCUUAUAACCAAAAUAAGGUAUCACUUGAGUGCUUUGUUUCUAAAACCUUCAUGGAUAUAGGUAAGACCAACGAAGCAAUGUUAUUGCUGAAGCAGGGACUUGCCAAGCAACACGAUGCUGUUUUCAAAGAGAAUUAUUUGGAUUCUCUAGGGCAAUUAUGUUUUAAGAAAGGUCUUAAAGAAGAUGCAGAAUACUAUUACAAGAAAUCUUUAGAAAUAUUGAAAUCUGUAAAUAGUGAUACGCCUAAAAUCAUAGAAAGGCUUUUAAAUAUCGCCGAUCUUUUAAUAAACAAUAAAAAAUCGUCCGAAGCAUUUAUAUACCUGUCAGAUACUUCAAAAUAUGUAUUGGCAUUGGUCGAUAGCAAUGAAAAAUGCAAUUACUUAAAAAAGAUGGCCUAUAACUGGGAAGAGAUGGGGGACUAUUACGAAGCCCGAAAUUGUUUGGAGCAAGCAGUCAAGGUUUGUGAAUCAUCUGAAAAGAACGCAAAGGUGCUACCAAUUGAUGAAUUUGAUUUGCAUAUCAAAUUGAGUGACGUAGUUGCGAAGACUCUCGCGAGUUUAUCGUCAAACGAUGAAGUAAGCACCAAUGAACAAAUCAAAAAUGCAAAAUGGUUGCACUACGACCGAGCUGGCAAUGCCUUACGACGACAACUAGCAACAGGUCAAUUUAACUCUCAAACAGUUUCUUUGUUUCUUCUACUUGCAUCCAAAUAUCAUUCCAUUGACUUGAUGGAAAAAGAGAAACUUUUGCUUGAAGCUUUAGAAAUAAGCAAAUUGAUAUACGGACCUGAGGAAAAGAAUAAACAAGUGGCUUCAAUACUGAUUGAACUAGCUGACCUUUACCUAUCAAAAAAAGAAUACGAAAGUGCAGCGAGUUUUUUUGAGCGUUCUUUACAAAUGGAUAUGGAGAUACAUCGUUUGGAUCCUUAUCAUAUUAAUAUCAGCCAUGAAAUAUUUGUCCUAACAGGACUUUUUGGAGUAUCCACAGUGGCCACACAUGUCAACAACGAUACAGCAAGUUCUUAUUUUCUUGGAAAAACACAGUAAAGAAGAAGCGUUUAUGAACAGUGUUGUAAAAGCAAACUGCUUUACAGAAAUGGCGCUUUUAUGCUGUUUUUAGGAGAUUUCAAAAAAGCAGAGACGCUCAACAAAAUAGCUCGAGAUAUAUUUGCAACAGUCAAAGAGAAUGAGCUUCCCAGUAAUAUUAUUCCCAACGAAAAAUGUUGUAGUCUUAUUGAUCUCUUGGUGAAUCGCGUAGCAAAUGCGUCAGAUGAGGUGUUGAUUAAACUCAUGCCUCUACUCAGAGAGAUGCUAUCUUCUCUUCCAGAUGACGGGAAAGUCUGCAAAAGUGUCGGCAGCAGCAGUAUUUUCUCGAACGAAGGAAAAACUGAAAAGAGUGCUGUUACAUCAUCACCCAACAAACCAUUAAUUGAGAAUAAGGCUUCUGAGAAUUCUUUCACAACAGUUACUACAAUGGAGAUGUCCAGGAUUUCCAAAAUUAACUCUAAUUUAAAGAAUGUUUCUGUUAGUACAAAUGUAUUGAAUAGAAAAGAAGAUUUAACUCUACUCCAUGUCGCAUCAAGAGAAAAACUUGAUGUUCCGAGUGAUGUACCAGAACUGAUGCAAAGCAAAGACAGCGAUGAGCAGAAAGUCUCGAUAAAAUUACAUGCAAAUCAAUUGAACAUAACCGAUAAAAAUGAUAUGGUAUACUCUGUCGAUAAAAAUGAAGAAAACCCAAUGUGAAUCAAUCUAUUCACCAGAAAGAGAUGUCACACCUGAAUGUUAAGUUAGAGGAAUUAAAAACGGAUGUCCAAAAUAUCAGCUCUAUCGCAGAUUCUAUUAUGUAUAGUAAUAAGAGAGGUGAUUUAGAAACGGGUCUGCAAACGACAAAGGACUCUCUGGACCCUCUGCUUGCAUCAUUUUAUGGAAAGCUCUCCGGUGAUCCAAUUCAAUUUGUACUAAAUGAGGCGGAAAACGCUAGGAAAAAGAAAGAUAUUAAUGCUCUAAUGGGAUCAAUAGAACUUGCUUCUAAAUUCUUGAAGUUCUCGAAUAUUGAAGAUUCUAAACUAAAGGCAAAGAUUUCGAAGUUAAAUGGAGAAUGUCAACUGUUAAUGAAAAAUUAUAGAACAGCAGCUAUUAGUUUUGAUAAAGCAGUUUCUUUUCAUCGUUCAGCCACAACAGAAUUGGACCUUGAUCAUUAUAUUGAAUACGCAGAGAGUUUGAUUGGCUUAGUUAAGAGUCAUCUGCUCUGCAACAAAGUCCAGGAAGCCCAGGGUAUUUGUGAAGAAGGCCUGGCAAUAAUCUAUUCUAUUCAACCUCAAUGGAUAACAUCUAGAUUACUUGUACAGUUAUUUUAUCUAGCUGCAAAAUGUAAGAUUCAACAAGUUGCAUACUCAAAUGAUGAAGACGAUCUCAAACAAGUCGUGCUAUUUUGUCAACAAGCAUUAGAAACGAGUGAAUUUGUAGACCAUUCAAGUGGUACAAAUGAUAUUACAGAGGAGCUUGGCUUGGAAAAUGGAGAAUUUUUUGCUUUAAAAUAUGAUAUCAGACUUCUUAUGGCAUCAACAUUUUUGCGACAAAAAAAUUUAGAACUAGCGCAAAAGGUUGCAAAGGAGUUGAGAGAAUUUCUCCAAAACAUCGUUGUUGUCUUAGAAAUGUUUUCAAAAGACACAUGGCCGGCUGGAAAAGAUGAUUUUUUAAGGAUACAACUUCGUUUGUUUUCUUUGAUUGGAAGGGCUUCUGUUAUCACAAAUGAAACUGAAGAUGCAUUGAUUAACUUUAAGAAGUCCUUGGCAAUCUUACUUCAUCCAGACUGUCCAGAGGCAGUGGGAACAUCGGAAGAAAUCAUCGCUUUGCUCGAUGGACUUUCUGAAAUGAUUUCCAAAACCUCAGUUGAGAAAUCAUGCUGUCCUAUUCAGAGUGCUCUUGAAGUAUGCAAGGAUCACUUCCUUGAAGUAAACGAUAAACUUAAUAAACUGUGGGUUUCUUUAGCGGCUUAGGAACAUUAUACAUCAAUGAAAAUCGCAUUGAGGACUCCAUUAUUGUUUUCAAAAAAGGAUUGGAAAUAGCUGAGUGUUUGGAUGAUCAGAGCGAAAGUCGUGGACAAGCGUUAGUGCAACUUGCCAAUGCCUAUAGACUGCAAGCUAUUGCUAAUAAGAAGGAGUUUGGGUCAAACGUCUUUGAGGAACAUCACCUUGCAGAAAAGUACUUCCAAACUAAAAAUGGUAACGGGAAUGAAAACAGCAGCGCGAUGAAGAACAUUAUGUACGCUUAUUUCCUUUGUGAGGUAAAUCGUUUUAAAGAGGCCACAAUCAUUUUGAUGCAGACUGUUGAAUAUGAAACAUUGUGGUCUAGAAAUGUCUUUUGCGAAUACUCAAAGGGAGUUCUUUAUGGUUCCGAUAUUCAAAGUUAUAUUGAGUCAUACGGGGAGUUAUUUACAAGUAUGGGAAACUUGGCUUACUCGCUACUAGUUCGCGCUAAUGUGGAAAUUAGGAACAAAAGAGAAGCAGUUAAAUCGCACAAUAAACUUUCCACAGAUGGUCGAGAUUUGCCAAAGAUUUUGGGCGUUACAACUUCAUGCCUUUCUUAUCUACUCGUAAAGAGUGAGAAGUAUUUAUUGUCACUUAUUGAAGAACCGGAUAAGUUGUUGUUUGACGACUCUGAUUUUCCACUAUCGUUGGAGAAUCUGGCUAAAGUGUACUACGAGUUAGAGGAAUAUGAACUGACACUAAAAUUGUGCGAUAGAGCAAGGAAAUCGGAUGAAUUUUCAUCAAUUAGUUGCAAACUUUCAAUUUCUCAUCUUGAGGCAAAUGCUAUGGUUAUGACGACAGGAAAUUUUGCACAUUAUCACUAUAAAAUGUUCCUUGAUUUGCUGCAACAAGAAGAAAAUAUUUUAGAUAGAUCGUUUAAUGAUCAACAGGCCAUUCUUUCCCAGUACUCGUAUCCCAGACCAUAUUACGUUUACUACUUACUUGCCAGCAUGCUGGAUGAAAAGAAAGUUGAUAGAAAAAUAGCAUUAUGUGAGAAUUGCCUACUUCUGGAUCUAGAUUAUGACAUUGACCAGAAUGUUGUGGGUACUCUAACAGACCUAUAUCAAACAAAGGCAUUAAUAGAAGGCAAGGAUGAUGAAAUCGUUUAUCACUCGUGGUUAGAUAAAGCUCAAUCCUGUUUUGAGGAAUUAAUUAACAGAAAAAUAAAGAUGGCGCCAUUCGUAGAGAUUUCUUAUGCAUCGUUCCUCAAACGAGCUAAACGCUUCGAUGAAGCAAUUUCUCAUUUUGAGCAAGUACUUAGCAAUGAGACACUAAAUUUUAAGAUAUUGUACUCCGAAGUUGAUGUACCUUUGUCUGAUGUUUGCCGAGCGCGCGAAAUUCAAGCAAGAGGAAAACUUAUUUUGCAUGCAAAAAUGAGCGUUUAUUAUCAGUUGGUUCAGGUGUAUUUAGAAAGCGGUAAAUCGGAGAAAGCUGAAGAAUGUGCGCUUAGAAUGGAGGAAUAUGUUAACAGUCUUACAUAUGAUCCGAUUGUUCACUCCUUUCUUGCAUACACAUUAAAAGACACUGGACAGGAACGAAAGGCAAGGGAUAUACUUCAGCAAGUGCUGUAUAGAGAACCUGAUAACGAACCUGUAAAACUCGCCUUAGAAGAAAUUCAAACGCUGGAAUAAAGCAGAUAAACUUCAUAUAGAAAAUAUAUUUUAUGAAAGUCAUUUGAAAAUUUUACUUGAGCUAAUUGUGACAAUUAUUCGUUGCACAUAAAUAGAACAACAUAUUGACAUGAGGAAGUACAAAUUUGACUUAAGUCUUGAUUUUUUUCAUAAAGCUCUGUUCAGACAGGAAAAAAUUAAAGAAGGAAAUUAAAAAAGAAGAAGGACCAGUUUCAUUGACACUAAUGCAACAAAGACUAAAGAAUCCAAAAACUGCAAAAUCCUUUCUGUUUUGUGGAAAUGUGGCUCAAAGUGUGAAUGUGGCUUGCACAAGUAAAAUUAAUGUACCUCUAAUAACCUAUUUAAUCAAAAUUUUACUAAUUUAGCCAUUGAUUUUAAUAAAAUAUUCGUUUAUUUGGCAAUGAUCUUUGAGCAUUCUACGUUUAUGAAUCAAAAGACAGUUGCCCGAUUAGGAUUAUGAUAUUUUAAUUUUAUGAUUUCAUCUUAACAAAUAAUACAUAGCAUUGCUACAUAUAAUCAUAGACUGAAAUGUUUUAUUAACGGUAAAUUACGUUCUAACGUAUCAGAAAAACGUCGUUUGGUUGAAAUAUAUUUUCCAGGCUCAAAAUGGCAACGGGACUGAAAAUAGGAGCGUAUUAAAGCUUGUUAUGUACGCUUACUUUCUUUGUGAUGAAAGUUGUUUUGAAGAGGCCACAGUUUUAUAGUUAAUUAUUGAAGGAUACAAAGUUAUGUUGAGUCGUACGGGGAGUUACUAACGAUAAACUUAUGGUAAACGAAUGGCAGAAAUUUACAAACCAAUUUUGGCGUUACGACUUCAUUUUUAAUCUUAUCCCUAUCUGAUUGAGUGAGAAGUAUUUGGUGUCUCUUAUUAAAGAACCUAUAACAAAUACAAUCAACCUAUGUAAAUUUUCAAUUUUGCCUUAAAUGGAAAACAAUGUCUUUUACGAUAUCA